AUGCUGAGGGACUUGGGUGUUCGAAAGACAAUGAGUCGCCUGCACAACAAAACUGCGGAGCAGCGGCGGAUUGUGGAAGAGAUGCGGCGGCGUGCCGAGACUCUCACGGGGCGGGGGCGGGCCUCGGCAAAGGCGAAGCAGAUGAAGCCACCGCCGUUGUGCUUCGUUGAGGUGGCAGGUGAGAUGGACCUUAAGCAGAGUCUAUUCCCUGACGGCAUGCUAAGUGGUAUCGCCAUUGGCGUUUCGGAUGCGCUUGAUGUGCUGGAAUUUCGUACGCGCUACGGGGUUGAGUCACAGCUGCUUCACCAGAUGCCACACACGGAAUUUGCCUUUGUCUCUUGGCUGCGCCGCUGCGGAGCUCAGUUCAUUGGGAAGUUAGCCUGUCAGACGCCGCUGACGAUUGGCGAGGAAAGUGUGUUUGCGCCGGAGCACCCUGGGGCUGCGGCGGUGCAUCUGAAUGCAUGCAACUAUGCCAUUGGAUCCGCACUCAUGGGGCCAGCGGCUUUGAGUUCACCGGCACACUACGAUGUCGCGGCAUUUAAGCCCACAGCACAGUCUUUUGCCAUGUUUACAGAUGGAUACCGAUUGGGUAUUCCUUCCAUGUCUAUUGGUAUAACCGCGGCUCGCCUCGAUGACAUCUUCUAUCUCUGGGAAGUAUUUACCUCUGCUAUUCAGCCAAGUUACUUUCUUGACGAGAAUAAUCGACGGGAAACCAGCGGCGGCGGCAACAAAAGAAGUGGUGACAACACCGAAACAGAACAGGACAGUAACACCACUAGUGUCAACAGCAGCAGCAUCAGUAACACCAACGCCAAUAUUAGUAGUAGCCAUAACGGUAGCGGUGAUGAUUCCGGGGGCGGUGCUAGACCCUUGAGUCGCUCAAACUACACCGGCCUUGAUAAAAUCAGCACGUCAGGCUCGCCGAAGGAGCUUUGGGGCCGUCAUACUGAACUGUCAGUUGGCUACCCAGCCGAUUGGAUUGACCAACUCUGUCAAGAACGAUUGUUGUCAGCCGAUGAGUUUCGCCGUCGUAUUCUCCGUCUUGUAACGACUCAAAAUGCAAUGCGCAAGAACGAGCUGCUGGAGGUCAUACCACUGAGCCUGGACAUUGACCUCGAGGUGGUGGUCAAGGCCAUUCAAACAAUUUCUCUCUAUGAACUCUCAAGGGCGAUUGACGGUCUCUUCACCCCACCAGGUCAUGGUGGCGGCAGGACGUCAUCUUCGCGCUUCGACACAAUGUCGCAGUCCGGGCUACUGGAUGAGCUUCCGGACGAAUUGGUACCAGCCAUCUUCAACGGUAGGGCGCUAACAAGCCUUGAUUACCAACGAGCCCUGCGAACCCGCGAAAAUGUGGCCCGCGCCACAUCAGAACAGUUUCGUGACGUGGAUCUUAUUGUGACCCCCAUCUUGUCAGAGCCUUAUGUCAGCGGAAGCAUGCGUAGCAUUGCCCCCUUGCUGCCCUUCUCGCUUGGUGGCAACCCAAUGGUCUCCGUGCAGCUGGAGACGGACCUACCGGUAGCACUGAUCGGGGAGCUCGGACGUGACACGGGGCUGUUUGAGGACAGCACCACAUUUCUUCAGUUUGUUCGCGGGACAUCCCCGUCCUGGUGGCGCCGAAAGUUUAUGCGAUGA